CCGGGACGCUGAUGACUUGUGGCUCGACAUUUUCAAACCUUUAGCGACUGUUGAGGAACACCGACCUGUGUCGACCGGCUAAAUCGUAAAAUGUCCCAAAACGUGAAUCCCACCCACUCCAGGAUGUCCGAACAAGCCACUAGCAGUCCGAAGAACAGCGAAGGUGUAUUACAACCAUCAAAGGACAACCAUGCUGUGACUAAGAGGCUCCAAAAGGAAUUGAUGGUGUUGAUGAUGGGAGCAGAAAAAGGAAUCUCAGCGUUUCCAGAGGGCGACAAUUUAUUCAAGUGGGUCGGAACUAUCCACGGGCCGGAAGGAACGGUGUACGAAGGGCAGACGUAUAAGUUGUCAAUGGAGUUCACCAACAGCUAUCCCUAUCAAGCCCCUGUUGUAAAAUUCGUGACGAAAUGCUACCACCCCAACGUGGACAUUGCCAACGGCGUCAUCUGCCUCGACAUACUCAAAGAGAAAUGGUCUGCCUUAUACGAUGUUAGAACUAUCCUGAUCUCCAUCCAAUCUCUUUUGGGAGAGCCUAACAAUGAAAGUCCGUUGAACGUGGCUGCUGCAGAAUCGUGGAGCAACCAGGAGAAGUUCAAAGAGGAACUUCUCAAACACUACAAUGAAAUCUAAUUGGCCAUCCCACAAAUCGCUGCUCUCGAACGCAGGACGUCUGAAACAAUUAUGUAAAUACAAAGUUUUAAAAUGCCUCCUUCCAAGCUUCCUUCGAAUAAAUGAUAUCUGCGUGAUGAGUGCGUGUGCUAUUGCCUUAUGCUGGACAAUCGCUUAUUUUUAUAAAAUGUCUAUCCUCCAAAUCGUCCUGGUGCUGGUUAAAUUAGCUUAGCUCAACAACAAAACUCAAUUUUCCUUGUCGCGAAAAAGGGCAACAAUAAUUUCAACAAUAAUUAAAAUUUGAGUGUUUGUUGAGCUGUUCGCAAUUUUACCAGCACCAGGACAAAAUUCUCCAAGUCGCGGUAAAAUUGCGCAACAAAAACAAACGCCCAAAUUUUCAUUGUUGUCCUUUACUAGCAACAAAGAAAUUCGCGUUUGGUUGUUGAAAGUUUCGCAAUUUUUCUGCUGCCAGGAUGAAAUGUAACAUUACAAUAAUGUGAAACUGACCAAAGAACAUUUUAUGUUCAUCAACUCCGUGGAAAUUGCAAUAAAAACGAGUUUGUAUGUACUAAUUGGGUUUAAAAUAUACCGUGAGCUAAAUGCAGAAA